AUAGGCAACGGAACUUAGCCGAUUCCUCCCAGGUAUAUUGAUCUCUUUAUCUCUUUAUAUUCGAUCAUGUAGUUCGUUUCUCAAUGUGGACAACGAUUAUCGAAAAAUCUGUCUAAUUAUUUACUAGAUUUAAGACAGCCAGAAUGUAUCACCAUCAUCACCACCACCACCACCACCAAGGAAAGAACAUUCAAGCUUCAACAAGAAUGUCGAUUCCAUCCGAAAGGCACUUGUUUCUUCAAGGUCCAACGAGUAGCAACAACAAUGGAGAUCAAUCGGGACUUGUACUAUCGACCGAUGCUAAGCCUAGACUCAAAUGGACUCCUGAUCUUCAUCAACGCUUCAUAGAAGCCGUCAAUCAAUUAGGCGGAGCCGAUAAAGCGACUCCGAAAUCAGUAUUGAAACUUAUGGGAAUUCAAGGACUGACCUUAUACCACUUGAAGAGUCACCUUCAGAAAUACCGGCUCAGUAAGAGCCUCAACGGACAAGCUAAUACUGUGAGCAACAAAUCUGCUACGGUAGAUAGAGUACCCGGCGAGCCAAACGGUGUCCACAUCACAAAUCAAAACACGGCACCACCUCUUACUACAACUAAUAAAAAUAUGCAUAUAGGCGAAGCAUUACAAAUGCAAAUCGAAGUGCAACGAAGGCUACACGAACAGCUCGAGGUGCAACGGCAUUUGCAGCUGCGAAUAGAAGCGCAAGGGAAGUACUUGCAAUCGGUGUUGGAGAAGGCGCAAGAAACACUCGGAGGGCAGAACAUGGGAACAGUCGGCUUAGAAGCUGCCAAAGUUCAGUUAUCCGAUUUGGUGUCGAAAGUAUCGACACAAUGCUUUAGUUCUGCGUUUUCAGAUAUGAAAGAGCUCUCGGAUUUGUGCAUGAGCCAGCAAAAGCAAGCGAAUAAGCCGACGGAUUGUUCGAUAGACAGCUGUUUAACAUCGUCUUUCGAAGGUUCAAUCCGGGACCAAGAAGUAGUGCUGUACAACAAUCUCAUGGGCUUAAAUGAUAAUCGCAAGGACGACGGCGCCAGGUGGCGCGAAGAAACGAAGGAGAGCGGUGAUGACGUGGACAGGGGGUUUAUUAAUUCGGGGAAUAAUUUGUCGAUGAGCAUUGGAAUUGAGGGUGGUGAUCAGUGGAAUGAUAGUGGGAAGUACUAUGGUACAGAAGACAUGUUUAAUAAAGGAGAUGAUGGUUCGGAUGGGAAACUGUUGAUGAAAACGGAGAGGAGUGAAAAGACGAAAAUGCCCUUGUUUUCGACGAGACUUGAUCUCAACACGGGCAGUGAGAACAAUGCGGCUUCGAGCUACAAGCAUCAUCAGUUGGAUUUAAAUGGAUUCAGCUGGAGCUGAGACCUGAGAUUUAAAUAUUUGGAGAAUUGCAAUCAUUCAAAUAAUAAUAGCUGCAAUGCACACAAUUUUUCAAACCAUUUUGUUCAAGUUA